CAGCAGGCUAAACUAGGCUGGGCCAGGGCGUGAGGGCAGUGGGUCGCCUUCACCUGGCACUGGCUGUGAGGGGAUGCUGCUGGCACGCAGCCUCUGCCAAGAGAAGUGUGGGAGACCACAGCCUUAUCUUGGCAUGACCCAUCAGCUGAGCGCUCGCUGUCACCCUUCUGGAGUGCCGGAGGAGGGCCACGGUGUGACUCAAUCCCCCACCCUGGGUCUGCCCCAGUGGGACAUGCUGCUCCCAGUACCUCUCCCUGGGAGUCACCCAGCACUGGUGCUUGUCAACGCCCAGCUGUGGCUUCCCUCCACCCUCCCCACUAGAGCACACAGCUCUGCCCUCCCUGCCCACGUAUUUUUACUCCUGCUCGGAGCAGGCUCACAACGGCAGCAGAGCUGCCAUGGAAGCCAACACUUCCCUCUGGCACAGCUACCUCGGGGUGAUCGUGUCCCGCGAGAGGGAGCGGCUGGAGAAUUUCCAGCGGGCUGAGGACAUCCUGCUGACCCUGUUGGAGGGUGUCCAUGCCAGGGAGCCCCGCUUCCUUGUGGACUAUGCCCGGAACCUGGAAGCCUUAGAGUUUGCUCUCUGUGCCUCUGAGGAUGCUGUCACUGUAGAGAUGCCCCUGCGGAUCGACGGCGAUACCCUGCAGCUGUUGGCAUGCCAGCCCAGAGACACCCCAGGAGGGCACCCUCCAGGGCUGAGCACCUGCUAUCUGGAAGUGCCCUCUCCAGGGACCGAUUUGGAGGACUGGAUCAGUGUCGUGGGUGCAGUGGAGCACGGAGAUGGUGCGAGGUGUCUGGUUCCGGGCAAAGUCCUCCAGCACCUGAAAGAGCUCCUUGUUUCAGCCAUCGUGCACUGCCAACGCUGCUUCCUGCUUCAGCCAGGUGACGUCAGCGCCGAAAAUCUGCGGGAAGAUGCCAUGGAGCUCUCCCUGCUGAUCCGUGGUGGCUGGAAGAACAUUCGCUUUGACAUUGUUCCGGUGGUGAGGAGGCAGCAGGAGCCGUUCCAGCUCCAGGGGAGGCAGAUUGACAGGGGUUUCCCUGAAGGCAGCCUCCAGAGGGCCACAGAAGAGGCCCACUUUGUCCCUGCCUCUCCCCACUGCUGGAGAUCCUCCACUCACCUCCCCAUCCUGAGGCUGCUACACGCAGUGGACACCCUGAAGGGCCCCCGUCUGGACAGCCUUCGCCUGCUCGACCAGCUCCGCGACCAGGACUGGGGAGAGGAGGGUGGGAGAAGCGGUCUCACUUUCAACUACCUGAAGAUGGUGCUGCUGUGGAGCACAGAGCUCUUUCCCUCCCUGGAGGACUGGCAGGACCUGGAGGGCUCUGUCUACAGGCUCUUGGUGAUCCUUCUCCGCUGCCUGGCCACCCGGCACCUGCCCCAUUUUCUGAACCCAGAGGAGAACCUCUUCCAAGGAGCAGCCAUGGACCUUGCCUCCCUCUACCAUAAAGUAGAGAGCUUUGCCCGGGACCCCCGACGCUUCCUCCGUUUCCAUUUUGGCCACCCUGCACGCACUGACAGCUGGCAGGCAGACCCCAACACCCGAGCUCUCCUGCAGCUCCCCAGCGAGGAUGGGUCUUAUUGGGACACAGCCUACUUUGACAUCCUGCUCAACCAGUUUCAGGUGUACCGGAUCCAGGACAGUGCGCGCCGCUCAGCAAUGUCCCAGCUCCUCUCCAAGAUCCGGCAAGAAAUUCCGCAGCAGAGCUGAGUGGAACCCCACUGCCGCCCCAUUGGGGUGUCUCAAAACUCUGGGGGGGU